AUGGGCUUAAACUUCCUAAAACACGAGGCGGCCUUGAAAGCGGCUGUCAAGGAAGUGGUUGAAGCCUCAGAGCCCAAUGAUAAGUGGGUGAUUCUCGAAUAUGAGGGGCCUACAAAUGUGAUUCGCGUUGGAGAGGAGGGAGAUGGGGGUCUAGACGAAUUCGGAUCGAGUUUUAAUGCUGGCAGGAUUCAGUAUGGAGCCAUAAAAGUGCAAUUCAGCGAUGCCGCAAUGCCAAAGAUGGUGCUGAUUCAUUGGCAGGGCGAGGGGGUCCCAUCAGGUCGCCUAGCAACUACCGUCAGCCAUGUGAGGGAUGUUGAGCGGUUUUUUAAGACGGUCCAUUGUGUUCUACAUGCCCGCAGUGAAAUUGAUGUGGAAGAGGCAGCCAUUCGGGCUGCACUUUCAAAGUUGCCAAGUUUUGGCGGUAAUAAGGUCGAAUCCCAGUAUUCUGUGCCCGAACCUGUCGGCUCACUCUACAAGCCAAUCAAGCCGCAUAAGGACAUCAACCUGCAAGAACGAGAACAAUUCUGGAAGAAGGUCGAAGCAGAAGAAUCUCAGCGCAAAAAGGAUGACAUUGAAAAAGGGCGACAAGAUGCUGCCAAUCUGAAGGUGCAACGCGAACGUGAAGCCAAGGAAAGCGAGCAGAGGCGUGAAGAAAUGGCGAAGAACAAACCGAAAGCGCCGGUGGCUACCAAUAACGUUCAACAUUCCGUGCAACAAACACCGAAGCCGAGCAAUGCUAGCCCUGCGGGUCACCCUCAAAGCAAUCUUUGUGCAGAUCGCAAAAAAAUGUUUGAAGGCAACAAAGAUCAGAAUGUGCCAUUGCCGAAGUCUCCAAUAAAGACGACGUCGACCACCAACCAUAAGGCUUAUCAGCCUCCCGCUCCGGCUCCUGCUGCUGACUUCUCACAUUCAAACUCGAAUUCUUACAAUUUGCCGCAAGCCCCGGUUUAUGAAGAAAUUCCCGAGCUUAACCGAGCCCCAAAAGCUAUUGUGCCAUCCACCCCAAUUCCGGAGCCGAUUCCGCUGCCGAAAAUCCAACGUGAACCAUCACCAGAACCUGAGCCGGUGGAACUAUCGAAUUAUUACGACACUGUCCCAGUGAUUUCCACAACAUCUGGUACUCAAGCUCGUGCAUUGUGGGAUUAUCAAGCUGAAGAUGAGACGGAGAUCAGCUUCGACCCAGACGACCUAAUUAGUGAGAUCGAAAUGGUCGAUGAUGGCUGGUGGCGUGGAAAGAACAAACACGGCCAAGUCGGACUAUUCCCUGGAAAUUAUGUCCAACUUAUU